AUAAUGGGAAUAGCAGUUCUUGGGUAGACUUCUCCUUCUUCUAAGUUAAUUCCACUUCCACCAUUUUUCAACUCAUGCUUUUCCAGCAGGGAAAGGCGACUGGCCAAGCUCAGAUGGUCUCCUUCUCUGGAUCAGCAUCUUUAGCAGAAGAUAGAGAAGAGACUUCAGCAUCACUGACUUUUCAGGACACAGGCAGAGAUGAAUAGAAACAGAUGGACACCACCUGCUGAUUCUCCCCACAAACAAUUUAGAAGCUAUUGGCCCCAGCUGACCCCCUGGAUUUAUGGGCUCCCCAUCCUGUUCUUGACUGACUAUUUUAUUACCAGCGGUGUAGGAGAGUCUAAUUUGGAGUUGAGGCUGGCCAAUGGGAGCAGCAGAUGUGCUGGGAUAGUGGAGGUGAAAUUCCAGGGUCAGUGGGGUUUAGUGUGCAAUGAUGGCUGGGGAAAAAAUGAGAUUUCUGUGGUCUGCAAGCAACUGGGAUGUCCAUCUACCUUCAUCAUCCCUGGAUGGAAGAAUAUGACUGUUGCACCUGCACCUUUCUGGAUGGCUGGUGUUUUCUGUGAUGGGAGUGAAUCUACACUUUGGGACUGCAGACACAAUGGUUGGAGGGAGCAUGAUUGCUCUCAAAGUCAAGAUGCCCAAGUGACCUGCACAAGUGAAGAAGAGCUGGAACUGAGAUUAGCAGAUGGGUCUAAUCGCUGUGAAGGCAGAGUGGAGAUAAAAAUCAAAGAACAAUGGGGGACUGUGUGUGAUGAUAGUUGGGGCAAAACGGAGGCUUCCAUAGUGUGUAGACAGCUGGGAUGUGGAUCAGUUCUUCAUUUCCUUGGGGAUGCUAAAAAUGGAUCUGGACCCAUUUGGUUUGAUGACGUUUCUUGCAAUGGUAAUGAAUCAGCUCUCUGGAACUGCCGACACAAUGGAUGGGGGGAACAUAAUUGUCAUCAUGACGAGGAUGUAUCUGUUCUCUGCUCAAAGGGAGCAGAACUAGCCCUGAGACUGGGAAGUGGAAUGAACACCUGUUCAGGGCGAGUGGAGGUGAGAGUAAAUAACCAGUGGGGAACAGUCUGUGAUGACAACUGGAACAAGAAUGCUGGGGCUGUGGUGUGCAGGCAGGCAGGAUGCCCUUCUGCAUUUAGUGUCCUGAUAAAAGUUAAUGCUAGUGAUGACAUUGAAAACAUUUGGUUUGAUGAUGUUUCCUGCAAUGGGAAUGAGUCAGCUCUAUGGGAUUGCAAACACAGAGGAUGGAAAAAACAUGACUGUGAACACUCUGAGGAUGCUGGAGUGUUAUGUUCAGACUCAUCUGCCCUGGAGCUGAGGCUUCUUGGGGGAAGCAGCCAGUGUUCAGGGGUAGUGGAGGUAACAGUCGGUGAGGAGGUGGGAGUUGUGUGCAGAAGAAGCUGGUCACUGGAUGAAGCCACCAUGGUCUGCAGGCAGCUGGGUUGUGGAACAGCUGUCAGCAUCGCCUUGGAGUACAAUUUUGAAGACAUGCCUGAGCACACCUGGAUCACUGGAAUUAAAUGCUCUGGAAAAGAGGAAUCUUUUUGGGAUUGUGGGAAUUGGGAAUGGGGAAAGCUUUCCUGUCAGGAGGAUGAAAAAGCUGCUGUCAUCUGCUCAGAACACAUGCAGCCACGACUGAGUGGAGGAGAUUUUCCCUGCUCUGGGAGAGUGGAAGUGAAGUACCAGGGCAGCUGGGUCUCGGUCUGCAGUCCUGAUUUUCCUCUUCAGACUGCUAACGUGUUGUGCCGGGAGCUGCAGUGUGGCACCCUUGUCUCCAUCCUCGAUGGGGCGCACUUUGGAGAAGGAGAUGGCCAGGUUCUGCCUGAAGAACUGCAGUGUGAAGGCAGUGAGAACCAUAUCACAUUGUGUCCCACAAGCUCCGUUCAUGGCAGGGAAUGCAGCUUCAACAGAACCAUUGGCAUCAUCUGUUCAAGGUACAGAGAUUUCCAGCUGGUGGAUGGCAACUCCAGGUGUGAGGGGCGUGUUGAGAUGCAAGUCCAAGGGGUCUGGGGAGCCCUCUGUGGCUCCCACUGGGAUCUGACCAAUGCCAAUGUUCUCUGCAAGCAGCUUGACUGUGGAGUUGCUGUCUCAAUACCCACAGGAGCGCAUUUUGGGAAAGCCAGAGGCCCUGUAUGGGGGCACAGAUUUCAUUGCUCAGGGACUGAACUCCACCUGGACAGUUGUCCAAUGACUGCCUUGGGAGCCCCAAUUUGUUCCUCCACAAACAUUGCUUCCGUGAACUGCUCAGGAAACCAGUGGGAUGCUCAAUUCCAGUGCCAAAGUGCCCAUCCUCAGUCACCGUUGUGUUCAGAGCUGAGAAAUAUAAACCUUGCAAAUGGGGGAGAUCGUUGUGCCGGAAGAGUUGAGGUUUACCAUGCGGGUUCCUGGGGCACCAUCUGUGACGACUCCUGGGAUCUAAAUGAUGCCCAUGUUGUGUGCAGACAGCUUGGCUGUGGAGUGGCCCUCAAUGCCACCGUUAGCGCUCACUUUGGAGCAGGAACUGGACCCAUCUGGCUGGAUGAUAUGAACUGCUUUGGGAAUGAAUCCUCAGUGUGGCAAUGUCCCUCAAAAGACUGGGGUCAGCAUGAAUGCAGGCACAAGGAAGACGCAGGAGUGCUCUGCUCAGUUGAUGACUUCAGGAUGUUCAAGCCCCAGCUAACUACUGCAGUGAUGGAGCAACUUUAUAGGAAAGGAGUCACAAGGGAGGUCAUGUCUCUGAGGCUACUCAGUGAGACCAACACCCCGGCCUGUGCAGGACGACUGGAAGUCUUUUACAAUGGGACCUGGGGCAGUGUUGGCAGACACAACAUGACUGCAGUCACUGUGGAAGUGAUCUGCAGGCAUUUAGGCUGUGGGGACAGUGGGAUUCUUGACCCUGCUCCUACAAACAAGGCAAGUUCCAGAACCAUGUGGGUCAAAGGUGUUCAGUGUCCUAAGGGGCCCACCUCCCUGUGGCAGUGUCCAUCAGAUCCAUGGAAGAAGACACCAUCCAGUGCAAGAGAGGAGGCCUGGAUUACAUGUAUUGGCAAGCUACGGCUCCAAGGAGGAGACAAAUGUUCAGGGCGUGUGGAGGUCUGGCACGAAGGCUCUUGGGGUACAGUGUGUGAUGAUUCCUGGGAUCUGGCUGACGCUGAAGUGGUCUGUCGACAACUGGGCUGUGGUUCAGCCUUGGGUGCCUCCGUGGAGGCUGCAUUCGGCAGAGGAACUGGACGCAUCUGGCUGAAUAAUAUUCAUUGUAAAGGGAAUGAGUCCUCUCUGUGGGAUUGCGUUGCUGAUCCCUGGGGGCAGGCAGACUGUGGGCACAAAGAAGAUGCUGGUGUGAGAUGCUCAGGUGUUCCCAUGACUACAGAACCUCAGGAAUUCUCAGGUCACAAAACCCUCAAGCUGUUCUGGAUCCUUGGGGUCAUCUUGAUAGUACUGUUCCUGCUUGCUCUCUUCCUCUGGGCAAAGGCUAGAAGAUGGACUCAUCAAGUCAGAGGAAAUAUUCUUCAGAAUGCUGUUUACAAGAAGAUGGAUGUUCACCAGAAGGAGCAUGAAGACCCGCAUCUAUUCAGUCACCCAGAAGCUCCUAAUGGCAUAAGUGGUAUCCCAAGAUCUGAUUCGGAAGUUGCUGCAGAAGUCUCUGAGCCUGAACCACUUUCCAUUUCCUGGAUUAACAAAAGGGAUGCCAUGGCAAUUCCAGAAGAAAGGAGCAGGAACAGAAACUCCACAAGUCAACAUCUACAAUUCCUUGAAAGAGACACAACCUUUUGAAUAGAAUUUGGAUAAAAUCAUCUGUUGGAUAAACACUAUUGUGAUGUAGAGCUCAACUUCUCUGAUUAGAACUAUAAGAACAACUAAGUUUAGAAGGAAGUAGUGACUAAGAUGUUGAGAAGUAUAUAUAUCCUCCCUUGGGAAUGAUAUUGAUGGAGAUUUACAUCGUCCUGUUGUUCUUCUAAGACUUUUUGAUUGCUUUAUUCCUAGGGUAUUUGAAUCUAAUCCAGGGCAAUUUUAUCAAUCUCUAGUUUGUGCCUACUUGUCAGAGUGAUAGGUUGUGUCCAAAAUCAUAAAGUUUGAUACUAAACUCAAGUUUUUUCACAGGAUAGUCAAGAUAACCUACUAGUCUGUGAUUGUCCUACUACAGGAAUCACAAUGACGAGAUUCAGUGAAUAAAGUCAUAUUCCAGAGAAAAUAUGGCUUGGGAAAAGAAAGCAAGAAUUUUUAAUGGGAUACAAAAAGAUUUUGGAGAAAGAACAAAAUGUCCAGACAUUCAUGAUUUUUUUUUUCAGAUUUUUGCUUGUCCUGAGCAUGCUUGUCUACUGUGACUCUCCAGAUCACAUAUAUAUUUUUAGACUGAUUCUGACUGCUUCAUGACACCAAUUUAUAUGGUCAUUUCAUAUCUCUCAUUUUUAGAUGUUGGUUAUUUCUAAUAGCACAUUAAAUUUCCAUUCGUAUGUCACUUACUUUGCUAUUUUCUGAUCAAUGGGCAUUUGCUUUUAUUGCCAGUUUUUGCUCAUCUCAGGAAGCAUUGCUGUCAAGUCAAUCAACAAGCAUUUUAUUAUGUAUCUACUCUGUAUCAAUCACUAUGCUAAGUGCUGGAGAUAGGAAAAAAAAAGGCAAAAACAGUUCCUGUCCUCAAGAAGCUCAUCGUUUAAUGGGAGAGACAACAUUGGGGAUAAUCUUAGGAGGUACCAGCAUUAAGGAAGGUUGGGAAUGGAUUCUUUCAAAAAGUCAGUUUAAUUAGUUGAGAUUUGAGUAAUGCCAGGGAAUCCAGGACAGAAUGAUCAGCAUGGAGAAUAGUUAGUGAAAUUGUAUAAUCAUGAGAUGGAAUGUUUUGUGCAAGCACAGUAAGGAGAUCAGUUCCACAUAUUGAACUGAAGAAUGCCAGGAGAAGUGUAAGUGGUAAAAAAAAAAAAAAAAAAAAAAAA